UGUUUUACUACUACUCAUUUUUUCUUGUCUUCAACAAAAAAAUUCGACACUUUCUGUAUUCCAGAAACAUUUCCAAAUCUCUCUCUUCCAUUCUCAACCGACUUCAACCAACCAAGCUGCUCCAAAUAACGGGGGUUUUUGUUUAAGGAGUUUCGCGUUACCAAUCCUUAGACUGAUACUUCAUGGCUCAACAAGUGUCGACCGCCCCCUUGACAUCUCCCGAGUGGGAUGAUUUGUACCGUUCUUAUGAAGAAAUAAUAAACAGUGGGACUGAUAUCUUAAGGUUACGAGCAACUAUCAAGCUAGCUAGUUUGUUAGACAGUGUUCCCAAUGACUUAUUAUUGCUUACAGUGCCAAUCCUCAUUGGACUCAUUGAAGGGACGUCGAAAGACCCAGGACCUCUUCAAGAAGCUGCUGCUUAUUGCUUGAAGCGCAUAACUUGUAAAGAUGAUCCUGAGUUGCUGAAGCUUAUCUGUAUACCGAGCACCUUAGCUUCUUUUGUGAAGAUUUUAGAACAGUCUGGUGGUAGAUGUCAGAUUUAUUUGAUAAAAUGUUUGUGGGGUGUGGUUACUUUUGUAAAAGACAGCAGAGUGUACAUAUUUUCAAGUGGUGGGUUGGAAGUUGUUGUUAAUAUGCUCAAGUUAUACACAGACAGUAGGAGAAAAUACCUCUUGGAAACCUUAAGUGCAUUGGCAUUGGUCCGAGAGGUCAGGAGAGCGUUGGUUUGUCUUGGAGAAUUAAGUCUUCUUAUUGAAGCUGCUAAGCAUGGUAGCAUGGAGUCGAGAGAAAGAGCUGCUCAGGCACUUGGGUUGCUUGGAAUUGUCAAGAGGGCAAGACGUACACUAGUUGCGUUGGGUGCAAUACCAACACUUGUAGAUCUACUGCAGAAUGGAGAUUCCUCGACAAAAGUUGUGGCCGGGAAUGCUUUGGGUAUCAUUUCGUCUCAUGUUGAUUACAUUAGGCCCGUUGCUCAAGCUGGGGUUAUACCUUUGUAUGCAGAGCUUCUUCGAGGGCCUGAACCAUUGGGCAGGGAAGUUGCAGAGGAUGUCUUCUGUGUAUUGGCUGUUGCUGAAAGUAAUGCAGUUGAGGUUACUGAGCAUUUGGUAAGAAUUCUCCAAGAAGACGAUGCUGAAGCGAAGGCUGCAGCAGCAGAUGUUCUAUGGGAUUUGUCAGGUUAUCAACACUCGAUUUCAGUCAUUAGUAACUCUGGUGCAAUUCCCAUUCUUGUUGGUCUUUUAAAGGAGGGAAAUAGUGAUAUCAGAGAGAAAGUCUCUGGAGCCAUUGCACAGUUGAGUUAUCAUGAAGCUGACCGUUCUACCCUGGCUGAUGCUGGAGCCAUUCCGUGUCUGAUAGAAAUGUUGCGAGAUGAGUCUGAGGAACUUAGGGAUAAUGCUGGGGAAUCACUUAUUAACUUCUCUGAAGAUCCAAGCCAUCAUGAUAGAUUAUCUCAAGCAUUUGCAAUGCCUGCAUUCCAGAGUAUGCAAGAUAGAAUCGUUCAUAUUCGUGCUGCCGAUCAGCAUAUGGUUAGAUCUUUGAGACAAAUGAGUGCUGAUCAACUUAUCCAGGACCCUGUCUUGGAAUGAUUGUGCACCAUGGAGUAGUGGCGGACGCUUGACACCUCUGAUAUGCUCAAGCAAAGCUUAGUCACUAAGAAGUGUAGAAAGAACAAACAAGGACCAGCAAAUCAAAGCAAGCUGAUGAGGUUAUAAGAUUUGAAGACAUUGAGUAUUAUGCAUGAAAAGCUUCAGCUACCUUGGCUGUUUGAAAUUGUGGAGAAUACAAGAAUUUUAGUAUGAAAUAUUAUAACCUUGUUACCAUGAAAUCAACACUUUGUUUGGAUGAAAGAAUUUAGAGGGUUAAACGGAAGGAAAAGAUAUAAAGGAGUACGACUGUUAUGGCUUAAGAUUGGGCUCUUCACUUCAUCUUACCUUUUCAUCAAUGAUCAAAUAUUACUUGUGAAUAUCUACUCACAAUUGUACACAGCACUUGGUUAGAAUAUCAGAGUGAGCAUACGAUGGAUAUGGAUGUAUGUUACAAAUUUCAACCAGCAACAGAUUGAAGAUAAGGAAAAAAAAUGCUACUGUGUUGAAUACUAAACUGUCAAUGUUUUGCGAUGUCAGAUUCUUUACUUCUUGAUUUAUUCAUAGUUUUUACUUCUUGAAGCUCAUGGCUUAGGAUUGGUCGGGAAACUAUGGCUAACAUUGUGUGUGUAUAAAGAUACUGACAUGA